AUGAACAACGGCUACAAUAGUCACUAUUCGAACUAUCCUAGACAACAUGGUCCUUACCCUGGCAUGAAUCCUUCAUAUUAUCGUCCAAAUCAUAAUAAUUUUGAUUACAAUUAUGCUCGAGAAAUGGAAUGGGCAAUGAAGGAAUCUUUGAAAGAUGCUCCUCCUCAAAAUUUCCGAGGAACCCAGCGUCAAUCUUCAGUAGAUGAAGUCCAAUUACAAAAAGCUAUUCAAGAAUCGCUCUUAAUGAAUCCCUACCCUCAUACCAAUCGUUAUAAUGAAGAUUCUAAUACAGAUCGAAUGCUUGAGAAAGCAAUCCAAGAAUCUCUCAACGACCAAAAGCCUCCUUAUCAAAAUCAAGAGAUAUCUAAGUCACGUUCAUUCGAAAAGCAACAGCAGGACGACGAAUUUAAACUUGCAGAACAAAAAGCAAUCCGUGAAAAAAUUGAAAAGGACAGAAAUAAAACAAUGGAAGAAGAAUUGAAGGAAGCAUGUAAACAGAGUACUGAAACUAACAAAUAUGAGAAAAUCAAUAGAUUUUUGGAAAAAUCAAAAUUUUUGCCAGACGAACCACAAGAAGGUAUCUUAAUUGCGAUUGUUUUACCAACAAAUAAACGCGUUACACGAAAAUUUUUGAGAACUGAAUUGGCAGAUGAUGUUUAUACCUGGAUUGCUGUUGAACAGUACAUAAACAAAAACGAAGACCUGCCAGACUUCAAAUUAUCUACCUACAACAACCAAGUUCUAAAUGCUGAGAAUUCUCUCGAAUCUCAAGGUAUUGGAAAUAGAGUUUUACUCCGUGUUGUUACUGAUUAA